AGUAUUGUGUAUAACUUUUGUCGCAGCUGAUCGAACGACAAUAUUAGUCACUGCCGACACGCAGUUAUUUCGAAUUUUUGUAAACAUUGAAAUCAGUGGAUUAAGUUUUGCGGCUCUAGAAGUUUUGUGUGGUUUGGAUGAUAAAUUUUGCUUACCAAUGAACAGUUAUAAACGGAUCUUUGUCUCUGAACGUGUAAGUGCGGUAAACACAGUUUGCUCCAGAGACAUGCGGAGGAACGAACACGAACGACACGAUGUCAGGCAUAACAAAUAAAGCGCCAUCCAACACGCAUUUCAGUCCCCAGACAUUCUCCAUUUAUAAGCAACAUCAAUGCUUCCGUUAGAAACGAACCCAUGAUGAUGCGGCUGAAAACAAAAGCGUAACCGCUAGCGCUAGGUGUCUCUCAAAACGCACGUAGCAAGCUCUGAGAGUUCGUGAGCUGUGAGUUCAAUCCAAGUGUGCAGUUUGUUGCACUUUUUACUCUCUUUUAUUGGAGCAGUUUAUUGGCAACUAUGAACAUAGCAAACCGCAGCAGGCGUACGAGACUCUGGAUGGCAUAUUCAUCCUCGGAACGGUAUACGUUUCGAGCAGUUCCAUUUGCAUCGAUCAGUAGGCUGCUGUAUAACAGUUAACACGCGGAAAAAAGCCGGCCGCUCAGCGUACUUAUCUACGGAGGAACUACAAAACAACAACACGCAAGAGGCCAAGAGAGUGGAAGCCUACUGAGACGCUCGAUUGGCUUUGAUAUUAAACCCGUUGCUUGGAUACUAUUUCAACAUCGCAGCAGCAGCUGGCUCGGCCUGCUCAGUUAUGUUUUUUCUCUGCUCGAGUGAGGUGCAAAUUCCGAAAGCGGCGGCAGUUCCGGCGACUCGCAUCUGCGGAUCGUGCUUGUGAGGCUGUAUGUCUACAUAUCAGAAGUGGAUUUUGGUUGGAAAUUUUUGAAUGCUCGUCGGUAGAUACCUAUAGCGAUUCGCGAAGAAACGAGAUUCAAUCUCUGCUACAGUUAGUGAAGUAUCCAAAGAACUGGGCUCGGUGUUAAAGAAGCUUGUGAUUGCUAAUCAACCUGAGCGCUGUGCGUAGAAGACGAAAUUUUAAGCAGCUCAGUGCUGAUUCUUGGUUCGUGAUUUGCUGAAACGGCAAAAAUAAGUAGUUAAGAGUUCGUAAGUGGGGGCGGAGCUGUGGAUGAAAAUUGUUCAGUCUUAGUGUUUCUUUUCCGAAUAGUUUGGUGUGUAUAAAUUGGAAUUGGUGAGAGAAACAAAGAAGCUAAGAAGACAAACAAAUCAUUUCAACGGGAUUAAAACAAAACUAUUUUCUCGAGGUCAAGUAUGGUAGUAGGCCUUGUUGAGAGUGCUCAAGAAAUUAGUGUGAAGUUGUGUCUGCGAAUGUGAAGAGGAAAAUCAAUCGAAAGCCAUCGCAACUGUGCCAACUUUUAUCCAUUUCCCUUUUCGAAACACAUCAGUGACAAGAAAGAGAAGAUAAAAAAAAACAAUCAUGAAUGUGUUCGGUUCCGUAAUGCUGUCAACGGCGGAGAUGACCAACCUACUUCUACUCGUGGCCAUCGUCGUCUGUGUUGGAGCCAUGAUCAUGUUUUUGGCCAAGGCUGCCGUUAUACUUCGUGUACAAGCCGACGAUGUGAUACGACCGUCGACAAUGAGUACAAAUCAUAGUGUGCCAGUGCCAAGACUAAAAAUGACUCGUGUUCAUAUACCGUUUACUUUUCGACUUUUGGAGACCGGAAAUAACUCUUUCGAAGAAGUUCGAUUAGCCGUCUCCAGUCAAGUAAACUACAGCCUCCAAGCAUUCUGGGCUGUUUCGAUUCGAGAACUGCAUAUGUCCUUAUGGAGAACCUGGAGCGAGCUACGAGAUCAGACGAAACACUCAACGAUAGUGAAUUCAACUCACUGUCAGCAGCUGGCUACCAAUGUGAGGUGUCAACAACCUCACAGCGAAAAGGUGGUGGUGCUGAAAUCGCCGAAGCCACCACUUGUGCUUGGAGCGCCACCACGGUUGGCCUAUCCUUUGGUAGUGUUCAUGAUUCGCGAAAUGGAAAGCGACGAGCUGCUGCAUCCAGAUGAAACGGUCAUUCUUGUGAAUGUGGUGCAUCUGAGAGACCCUGUGUGCCCCCUGCCAACGUCCAUACUUGCUCAGUAUCUGAAGCAAGCGAGUGGACAAUUAUCAUGCUUGAAGCAACUCUAUCUUGCUACCGGCGAUCCCACAUCCGCAGAUGAUGGAAACCCUAGUCAAAUAACCGGAUCGUUAUCGCUCGCCGAACCGGUAGCGUGUGCCGACAAUUCCGGUCCUCUGUUGUGUAGCGAUUCGAUACUAAGGGAUUGUCCUGGCAUCGAGCAGCUAUGCGUUGUGUGCCAUUAUUUUCCUCUCUCUCGGGCGUUGCUUCCCUGCCGGCAUACGUGCAUUUGCGCGGUUUGCUUUAACAAACUUGACCGCUGUCCAAUGUGUCGGGCCGCGAUUACGAGCUACUUCUGCAUCAGGACUGAAGAGUACGUGCCUCCCAGCAACGUAGAACCCAAGGUAAACAGUAAAUCCAAAAUGGCCGUUCAUUGGCUGGACGCAUUGAAUGAUCGAUUGACAGAUUUUCUAGGAUUUAGAUAACUCGCCUUAGAGUAGAAAAACUGGACAAAAACCAUAUGUGAUCAUAAUGUGAAAUGUAAGCGAAGAGAGAGAAAGAGAGAUAACAAUUAGAUGAACGCAAUUCGACAAUGACGGAUAUCAAAUUUGAUUUGUCGGGCAUGGCAUAGCGAGGUAGUUAUUUAUGACCGGAAACAGUCGAUGGAUGGAGCAAACAUGAUUGCAGCAAUCUAACGUUAUUAUUCACUGUUUUAUCAAUGAACUGAUAGCCGUAACACUUGACGAGACAAAACGAUCAUCUCUGAACAUCGCCGGCGAUAGAGAAAAACAAAACGAGAGGUACGAUUUAUUAUUCAUUGAUUUUUGUCAUUGUUACUAUGUAGUGUAUAUUGACAUGUGAUAAAAUGUUCUCAUCCUUAUGACUUGUUCUUUUAAUGUAAUCAUAUUUAUUUCUAUAUCUAGAUAUUUUUCCUCACUGAAUGCAAUUUCCGUAGUUGUUAAUUCAAAUAGUAGACUAGAUAGAGUUCCUUUCUAACUUGAGGAGUGACACAAUUGUUGCGUUAGGUUAAG